CCGCACACACUUCCGCUUCCGGCGGCUGCGUUGUUGCGGGAACAGAUCUGACAACACACUGGAUGUGACCCCGCCCACCUUCUUCACAAUGACGUCACUCACCGGGACGAUGCUUUGGAAGUCUGCGAAAGCAAACCCCCGCUUAGGCAACGCAAACAUGGCGGACAAGACGCCGAAGCAGUCCGACGCUCCGUACGCGGAGAGGAUAGACCCCGCCAAGGCCAAGCUGUCCAACGACCAGAUGCACUUCAUCAGGCAGGUGGAGCUGGAACAGUGGAAGAAGAAGACACAUAAGUUGAAGGCGCGGAACGUGCUGACGGGGGUCGCCAUCGGAGCCCUGGUGGCGGGAAUAUACGGCUACACCUUUUACUCCGUCUCCCAGGAGCGCGUCAUGGACGAUCUGGACGAGGAGGCCAAGCGUGCCAGAGCGCCAAAGACAAGCGCCAACUGAGUCCUGGUGUGGCGACCAUGUUCUCCUCUUGAUGGCGACCAUGUUCUCCUCUUGACGCGUGCUGGACUCUUCACUUGGGACGUAUUGUUGUCCAACCGGACGUGGACCUGCCAGGACACGACCGCAGACCAACACAAAUAGAAAUCUGAAGUGACCUUUAACAGCAGCCAACACAAAUCUGACAAAAUGUUGCAUGUGACUUUAUUUAUGUUUUUUUGUUGAUUAAUAAAACAACACGUGUCGUGUUUUAUACGA